UGCUGAAGUAGUCUUCGCUACUGCUUCUCUUCCCUCAGCGCUCUACAUAACAUGGGCUGCAUGAAAUCAAAGCAAACGUUCCCAUUUCCAACCACAUUUGAGAGUGAGAAGCAACAUGCAAGUGAAGAAAGCUUUAUGCCCGAAGAAAGAUUUCUACCGAGGAUGCCUGCUCCAGUUAAUGCCGACGAGGAAGUGAAGGAACCACGAGGGCCUCAAACUGUGGUCUUCGAGUUUGCACACCGCCUGUCACAGGAAAUCCUCAGCGACGCCCUGCGGCAGUGGGUGGGCAACAGCAUGAAGUACGACGACAUCCCGUACAUUGAGAGUGAGGGGCCCUGA